CUGCUGUAUGUGGCUGGACUCUAGCGGGGAAGCUCCCCAGGCCUCGGGCCCCGAGCUCCGUGGGGAGCGCCGGUCCCCCUGGGGUUGAGGUGUCCUUAGGCAAGGCCAUGGCAACAAGGGACAAGACUGCAAAUGUUCUCUGGACCUGGACCUCACGAAGGUGCAGGUUCAGGCCCCAGGGCUGCUCUUGCUCUCCCACACUCUGCCAUCCUCUACCAGCCAGUGUGGAAAUGAGGCCAGGUCUCCUCACUUACUCCUCUGGAACCCAGCACCCAGUGCUGGCUGUCUUGCACCCUCGGGACUCGGGCUUGCUUUUCUCAGGGUGUGGCUGGCUCCCAGGUGUGCACUGGGGGAGGAGAGGCGGGCUGACAAGCAACACAGGCUCAGAGCAUGUUCCGUGCAGGAUGGCACCCACACUGGAUGGCCGUGAUGAUGUCUUGUGGUCAGAUCCCCCCCGGGGACCCCUUGAUGCCUACCGAGCGUGUGCGUCCUUCAGCCCCCGGGAGCUGCAGCUCUUCUGGGAGGGUGAGGACCUGCUCCGCUUCAAGAAGACCGUCUUCUCGGCUUUGGAGAAGGACCCACUCUUUGCAGGUUCCCGGGGGGCCGAUCUGCCCCUGGAGAAGUACCGAGAGCUGAGCUUCCUCCGGUGCAAGCGGAUCUUCGAGUACGGGUUCUUCAGCUUGGACAACCUGAGCCAGAACCCGCUGCGGCUCCCCGCCUUGGUCUACUGCCUGGGCGCGUACGACUGGUCCGUGGGCACCAAGUUCGCCCUCCACCUCAUGGUUUUUGGAUCCACUGUCCACAGCCUGGGCUCUGAACGGCAUCUCAAGUACGUCGAGAAGGUCCUGAACAUGGAGAUCUUCGGUUGUUUCGCUCUAACUGAACUGAGUCACGGGAGCAACACCCAGGCUAUCCGAACAACCGCUCACUAUGACCCCACCACGGAGGAGUUCAUCAUACAUUCCCCUGAUUUCGAAGCUGCCAAGUUCUGGGUGGGCAACAUGGGCAAGACGGCGACCCACGCGGUGGUGUUUGCACAGCUGUACACGCCAGAUGGCCAGUGCCACGGGCUGCACUCCUUCGUGGUACAGAUUCGAGACCCAGAGACACUGCUCCCCAUGCCGGGGGUGAUGGUCGGUGACAUGGGGCGGAAGCUUGGGCAGAACGGCCUGGACAAUGGUUUCGCCAUGUUCCACAAGGUAAGGAUUCCCCGCCAGGACCUCCUGAACCGGGCCGGGGACGUCACCCCCCAGGGCGCCUACGUCAGUGCCGUGAAGGAUGCCAGGCAGCGCGCCGGGGUGGCCCUGGGCAGCCUGUCCUCGGGGCGCGUCUUCAUCACGGGCAUGUGUGUGGUGAACCUGCAGCAGGCCGUGUGCAUUGCACUCCGCUUCUCAGCCACGCGGCGCCAGUUCGGCCCCACAGAGGAGGAGGAGGUCCCGGUGCUGGAGUACCAGGUGCAGCAAUGGCGCCUGCUCCCGUACCUGGCGGCAGCCUAUGCCCUGGACCACUUGUCCAAGUCACUGUUGCUGGACCUGGCGGGACUGUAUCAAGGCCGGCUCAGAGGGGACCACGGGGCCCGGCAGGCAGAACUCAGCCGCGAGAUCCACGCCCUGGCAGCUGCCGCCAAACCCCUGGUCUCGUGGACGGCGCAGCAAGGAAUCCAGGAGUGCCGUGAAGCGUGCGGCGGGCACGGCUAUCUGGCAGUGAACCGACUGGGUGACCUCAGAAAUGACAAUGACCCAAACUGCACAUACGAGGGCGACAACAAUGUCCUGCUGAAUCAGACCAGCAGCUACUUGCUGAGUUUCCUGGAGCGUGGGGUACAAGGUGGAGCUCACUUCCAAAGCCCACUGCGCACCGUGGACUUCCUGGAGGCCUACCCCGGCAUGCUUGGCCAGAAGUUCAAGGGUACCAGCGUGACCGACUGGCUGGACCCCACAGAAGGUGUCAGAGGCCCUGUGAUGACGACUGCCCUCCCUUUGUCCUGUGAAGCUCCCCUGGCAGCAUACAGGUGGCUGGUUUGCUACCUGCUCCAAAGGAGUCACCAGAAAGUCGCGCAGGAGAAAAGAUCAGGACGCAGAGACUUUGAAGCAAAGAACAACAGCCAGGUCUACCACAUGCGGACCCUGGCCCUGGGCUUCAUGGAGCUGACGGCGGUACAGAGGUUUCACGAGCGCACACACAGCCCCGAGGUGCCUCCCUCGCUGCAGGCCGUGCUCAGCCGGCUCAGCCUGCUCUAUGCCCUGUGGUCCCUGAGCAGGCACAUGACUCUGCUCUACCAAGGGGGCUACCUCUCUGGCAAGCAGGCAGGUGAGGCCCUGGAGGACGCCAUCCUGGACCUGUGUGCCCAGCUAAAAGAUGACGCAGUGUCCCUGGUGGACGUGAUCGCCCCUCCCGACUUUGUUCUGAACUCCCCGAUUGGCAGAGCCGACGGCGAGCUCUACAAGAACCUGUGGGGCGCAGUGCUGCAGGGGACUGGCGCGCUGGAGCGGGCGGCCUGGUGGCAGGAGUUCUCCAUGCACCGGCCCGUGCUGGGCAGCCUGAAGGCCAAGCUGUAGGCAUCUGGACCCCGAGCCAUCCGUCUGCACUACGGCCUCCGUGCACAGGCACAAGCUGGGGUCCUGAAGUUCUGCUGUAGGGCGGGGAGCCCGCGGGAUCUCACCUGCCUGGUAAAUGCCGGGCUUUACUGACUGCGAUUUUCUCAGGCACAGAUAGAUACCAAGUGUGAAGUAAACUGUUCAUAAUCACAGCUUUUCUGGCCCAAUGAUCUUGUGACUUCGUCUGAGAUUUUUUUCACACAACUCGGCUUCACCGAGAAGUUACUCGUGGUACCCUGUUGACUCUGGUAUGACUUUGUCACAUGGUCUGUUCUAUUAGGACCUGGUUAGUUUGUGCUGUGGACCAUCUGAAUGACAUAGUUUAAGGCUUUUUAAGGAAAGAAGUUUUAUUACUUUCUUUUGUGGAACGAGAAGUUUCCAGAGAAACGAUUCCAAACCAGAAAUGAUCUGAGCAUCCGGGCAGUUUGGCUGCUUGUGCCCCCGUGUGCACACCGUUCUGUGUGUGGUGUUAGUCCAUUUGUCCCUAGAGCAGGUGGCACACACGGUGCCGCUUGUCCUGGGCAUGCGCCAGCAAACCCACGUGCCCAGCAUGCCCUGCAGUGCCAGCCAUGGUGUAAAUGAACUUGGUGCCUUUUAAGGGAUCAUAAUCCACUAGCCCUUCUUUCUUUUUUUCGGUACUGGGGAUCGAACUCAGGACCUUGCACUUGCAAGGCAGAAGCAGUGCCACUGAGCUACAUCCCUGGCCCAAGCCCAUCUCUUCCCGCUGUCCGAGAGAAUAGGAAUGAAAGUUCCAGACUCAACGUGGGAUGGUUUGGUGCAGACCACACAGUAUGUGGCAGGGCUGCGGAUGCCCGAGGGGAAGCUCCUCCAGCUGCCACGCCUCAGGGCCCUGGGGUCAGCCGCCUGCCUGAGGCUACCAGCCCAAGGGGCGGCUCCUUCAUCGCAGCCUGGUAUACUGUCUGGGCAGAGCCGGGUGCAGGCAGCACAGCCAGCCUGUAACAGCUGCCUGUGACUUCCAGGGCUGAGACCCCACCCUAGCCGCUGCCCACAGGCCCCCUGCCCAGCCCACUCAGCCCCAGUUCCAGGUGGGCUGGAGCAGGCUAAGGUGUGGAGGUGACUUUAGAGAAAUUCCAUUCUGAGUCAAGAUCAUUUAAAAAAUAAAGCACCAAGAGUUCAAUCUGCUUUCUGUCACUUUUUCUGCUCUUAUCAUGCACUACUUUGGCGACAAAGAAAAGUUUGUAGAGGAAAAUAAAUGGCACCGGCAGCCCCACCCUUGGAAGUAACCCCUGGUUAAUUUCGUUCAUCUGUGCUGAGCCAUGGGGCCGCAGAAGUAGGGUCACUGUGACCCUUGGUUCCUGCUGGGUUCCCUCCGUCCAGCCCUGAGGCCUGAGCAGUGACGGUGACCUGUGCUGCCACCUGGUCCAUCACCAGCCCCGGGUGGCGUCCGCUCUCCAGCAGGCAGCGUGUGAGCUCCACCGUCCCCGCGUGCAGCUUCUCAGAGGAAGGAAGUGGGGUCUCCCGCUCUGAGCGAGUGGGACUUCUGGUACCACCUUCCUCCACGAUGGGACACAGGCAUGAGAGACAGGACAGUGCCCGAGCAGGCCCUGCCGUGCGCCACUGCGGGGUGCGUGACGCCCUGUAUCGGGUGUGAGCUUUAGUGUGGUUCAUCCACGACAUCCACAGACUGGGGCCUGGCACGCAAGCGAUGCUGGGCGAUCCCCGGUACAGCUGCCACUCAGAGGCAGUCGCACGUGCGCCCUCGGGUUGAGGUUCUGCCCGCGGCAGUCUCCCCAUCACUUCCACCGCUGCCAGCCGUGCUUUUCUUGCUCCCUCCCAAGGCUGAGCCCCUCUCACCUUGCGUGUGCUCUCUGCAGAAAGGCCGGGUUUAGUUUUCCAAUUUUUAAGAUGUAUAACAUAUUUUUGCCUAUUAGGAGUAGUAAACCUUCACCAGACGUGGUGCACUCCUCUAAUCCCAGCUUUGGGAAGGUUAAGGCAGGAGGAUGGCUGUGACUUCGAGACCAGCCUGGGAUACACAGCAAGACCCUAUUGAAAAGAAAGAGUAGUAAACCUUCGACGUACCCUUUGUAAAUUAUUUUUCUCCGUCUGUUAUUUGCCUUCUAAUUGUAUUCAUUUUUUUCUUUUUGG